AUGGGGAAAUCAUCCACGAAUACCGUCAAUCUCGACGCUGAGGCGGUCUCGGGGACCAUAAGGCCAAAGUCGAAGAAACACUCGAAAAAGGAGGUCUCCCCCAGCGGUGAAAUUGAGCCCACGACACCAGCCCUGGAGAGCCAAGGGGAAGAACCUCCAAAUGUAUUUGCUUCGACCAGCGGAAGCUCUGAGUUGCAGCCUGAAAAAGCUCGACCGAAAAAAUACAAGGCUGGCAAAGUCCCAGAGGUUGAUGGCAGUGUCGAGGUCGUUCCUGUUGCGUCAAAGAAGAAAGAGAAGAAACGAAAACGUUGGGAUGUCAACUCCGUGGAUGGGAAAGAUGUACCGAAACCCGACGAGCCCUUAGAGGAAGUCGAGCCGCCAAAAAAGAAACACAAAAAUAGGACGGAGUUCCGAGAUCCAAGGGAUGAUAGUUCGUUGAACGGGCAGUCACGAAAAGCGUUGGAAUACGUUUUCAUUCAGAUGAACAAACCAAAGAAGUGGAAAUUCAACAAGGCAAGGCAAAAUUGGAUAAUCCGCAAUAUCUGGUCCCCAGAAAAUCUACCUGAUAUCUACUUUCCACUAGCGGUGAAAUAUCUCGCAAAUAUACAGGGAGGCUCGAGAAAGAAAUUGCAAGAGACAUGUCAGACGUUUCUCGAGGUCGAAGAGAAGCCAGAGGUACCUGAGCCAACCUCUACGACAACAUCCGCGGAACCCCAGAAGCCGCUCAAGUCAGCCCUAAAAGCGCUAAAACCAACUCCCGGGCCCCUCAUCAGCACUACCCCAACAGCUGGUCCUCUAAUUGGCUCAGUCCCCACUCCAGGAGCUUUGAUUACACCUCUCACGACGACACCUGUAUCUGUCGCAACAUCCGUCAGUGCGAUUCCUGCUUCCAGUCUCGCUGAAACAAGGCGCAAGCGUGCCCAGACUCUUCUUGAUGUCCUCAGCUGA